AACCUUUUUCUGUCAUUAUCAAUUCUCACAGCUUCGGUUGCAUAUUGACACUGCAUACUAUGGGAUUUGCACUGAAAACUGCAAAUGACUGAAAGGGCAAAUGAAAGAAAAAACACAAUUUUGAAACCACUGUCCCGCUUAUGUCAUUGACUGGACAUGGAUUUCGUUCUCAUAGUUUGCAAGCGAAGCUGAGAGUGAUAGUAAAUUCUUGUCAUUUUUGUCUAUUUUUUAGUCAAUGAAAAUGACUUUUAUUAGCUCUGCUUUGUAUCAUAUGCUAUAUUAUCUUUUUCUCGUGUUCUUAUUCUUUUCUUGCAUUACGCGAUGGUGUCGAUUUUGCGAUGGACUACGAAAUCAUUUAUUUUACGUUUUGAAUUCAGCUCAUCAGUGCAUUAUCUGAUUUUGUCGAACUGCUAAUGCCACCUCGCGGAACAACAUAAUCCGCUAAGCAGACGUAAAAGUAUUUGCUAUUUACAAAUCACUUACUUUCAUGUCUAUCUAUCAUGUGCACUUUAGUACACACCGGUACACAUGAGGUACUGAAAACCCCUGAAUGACUAGGAAAAGUAAUUUUAUUUUAGAUUAGUAAUAUAAUUUUAUUUUCACACUUCAUUUCUUGACAACUGUCUAUGUUUGCAUAUCAGUCUCAUAUGGAAAAAGUAUGUUGAGAAAAAUACGGCUUAAAUUUUAUUUAUUUUUUUUAAUUUUUGGUAUCUAAAACGAAGAGUAUUGGUAUUAUUUCACGAAACAUUGAUAGCACACCACUAAUAUUUUAAUUUGGUUAUUUUAGUUGAUGGCCAAACGAACAGAUUAAAUAGUAGUGGAAAAAAAUCCAUAUAUCAGCUGUUUUUCAAAGAAGGACGAAUCUUACAAAAGUAAACAAAUCGAGUUUCUCUCUCCUACCAAUAAAUUCUUCAAAAUCCUACAAUUUUGCCUAAAAAAUCGGAUUCUACAAAAAUCUCAAUCUUAGUAAUACAAAGAACUAUAAAGGACUGUCAUUCCAUUUGUUUACGAAAGUUUCGCCCUCCGUGUUCCAUGCAAACAAACAGGGCGAUACUUCAAUUCCUAAUAAGGAAGGGCGAAACUAUUUGUUUUCUUUAUUUUUGAUAGUUUCCGAACCUUUUACUACUGGAAAUAAUAAAUGAGACGAUAAAAUUACCCGAAUAUUUAUCUUAGUCACGAAAACCAACUAAUUUCACAAAAAAAUGCGCAAGGGCGUAACUUCAUCAUUCACACAGGAAGCAUAAAAGUAAACAAAUCGAAAAAGGGCGAAACUCUUUUUAUGUUGAUUUAUUCAGUAGAUAUAGAAGGAAAGUGGUAAAGUUUGCAUACUUUUUAAAGAUAAACGAACAGAUCAUCGACUAAUCAAAAAUUGAUCUGAGAAUACACGAUGAUUUCUAAAUACGAUUUGAAACCAAAGUCGAAAUAUUCAUCGAUGUUUUUCUCCAUUUGCUGUCGAUGUUCGCCGUUCUUUGGAAAACAGCUGAUAUGGUAUUAGGAGCUGUCCAUAACAGACGUCACGCCUCAAGGGGGAGGGGGGUGUUCCAUAAAACGUGACCUUUUGUGACAGGGGGAAGGGGGGAGGUUUUUGGAAUGUGACGUCCAAUACUUUCAAUGAGUGCAUUUUUGAAAUACCUAAUUAUAUUACUACUUUGCCAUAUUUCCUGAAAAAAUCUCCACAAUGAACGUUUACAUUCUAUAGGAAAACGUGUAUUUGUUGAUGUAAAAGCUUCUUCUUGUAAAUUCGUAAAUGAAUGAUGUAGGAAAUCAUUUCUGUUGUGAUCAGCAAAAGUGCACGGAGGAGCGAGUAAAUUAGCGAAAUUAAUAAAUUUUGCCUAAUAUGAGUAAAAAAGAAAAAGAUGCCUUCAAACGGUUUAACUUAAGUUAUGCACUGAUAAUUUUUUCAGUAGUUUGAUUUUCUAGCAUUGAUAAUAGUAUAUCAUAAGAAUUUCUCUUAUCUGAUUCUGAUGCAGUUUAUUCAAUUGUACUCCAUUUGAAAAAGGGCGAGAGAUCAACGAUUUCAGACGUAGAUCAUGUCAUGUCAUAUCUUGAUCAUAUGUGAUUUUCCUCCACCAACAUCAAAGCUUAUCGAAUCAUCCAAUGAUUGAACUUACAUAAAUCAAGAAUCAUUUUAACUCAAAAUCACUACCCAUUGUGUGACGGAAGAUCAGUACCGAUAUUGAUCGAUGUGAUUUAAAAUUCACUGAUCAACUGAUCUUGAAUCUUGAAAUCGGCAGUGAUCUCGUUUUGAUGAGAGGUUUUGGUCUUUAUUUUCUCAGCCCUGUAUGCUACACUAAGGAAAUAUUAUUCUUUACCUAAAACAAUAAUAUAUCUGUGUACCCCUAGGAAGAAUAAAACAGAUGAUUUAAAUGUUUCAUCAAUUCCAACCAAAUACUUUUGUUAAUUUAUAUAAUUGAUAUUAAUAAAAUAAUUCCGAUGAUUUUGUAGUUUUAGGGAUAUUAUUUAAUCUAAUGACAGCUUGUAAUAAAUCGAUUUUUCCCUCAUAUUUGUAUGGUUUGUCAUACAUAUUGAGAAUGCAUUGAGAUGAAUUUUAUUUAUUCAGAAUUCCUGACAUGUGACAUAGGGGGGGUGGGGGGUCUUUGCUUCUGUGACAAUUUGUGACAAAGGGGGGAUGGGGAGUCAAAAAUCGUCAAAAAAAAGCGUGACGUCUUUUAUGGACAGCCCCUUAACGAUAAUGAGAAAAGAAUUUUUACACAAGAUUUUAUUUGGAAAUCAUGUAAAUUAAUAUAUUAUAUUAUUUGCAAUUCGUUGGAAACAUUUAUCUCGAGUCGAUGGCUCAGAGUUUAAGCCAGUUGAUUUAUUUUCAAAUCUCUACCUGGUAGAAUUCUUAGUGUAGCAGUAUUUAUGUUACUGUCCUAUUUACUAACGAAUUGGCUUCGAAGUCGGUUGAAACAGAUGCUCGAGUUCUUGAAUCGAGAUUCAGUACCCUGAGUAUAAUGACUUGGAAGUAUGAAGCUUAUGAGUAUAACAACUGUACACUCUAGUAAAGCGUAACAACAAACGUAAAAGUAACUUUAAAUGUACUUAAUGUUAAUCGAACUUCCCCUUUUUGAGUGUAAAUGGCACACGAGUCAAUCGGAAUCAUUAUCCUAAUAUCAAUUCACCUAUAUUUCAUAUGCUCACGUCAACAACUCAAUUAAGUUAUUUCGAAAAUAACAUUUAAAUGUAAAAUGAGAUCACGAACAUGGCACAAGUUUGAACAAUAUAUAAAGUAGUGUGUGCCAUAGACCAUUAAUCUGAUUCGCUUUGACACCGUGUUAGGAGCACGAGAAUGUGGUUGGUAAAGAGUUGUCUAAUUUUGUGUGUGCUCUCAAUGGUACUAUCCGGUCGGCAAUGGAGCCAGUAUGAGUUGGGUGAAAUGUCUAUUGCAUACUUUAAGGCCAGGUACGUUAAGGCGGUUACCACAUUUGAUUGUUUCACAGUGAAGGAUAAUUUCCGUCUGAUAAAAAAAUAUUUGAUGUCCGGGUUUCGUGUGCUGGUUGGAUCCGCGGAAAAAUUCAAUGUUUCUGCAAAUGGUAAUGCUGGUGUCGUAGUUGAUGCAAGAUGUGAUAAAGUAAUGGAUCUAUUGAUGAAAAACGUUCGUUUUAAAUAUAUCAAUUUAUUUUUGAUGACCAAUAUUUACUGGCUAUUUCUGGACAACGAUUCAAGUAUAAGCAACGAUCCGAAGAGUUUCAGUGGAGCAUUUCCUUCGCAACGACAAUUGAUCUACGACAAGAGAUUUCGAUUUGUAGAUGUUCUACCGACCAGUCGUGUUGUGGUUGGACUAUAUGGCAACAGAUGGCAGUUAUUUGAUGUCUACAAAGCAUAUGGAGAGGCUCGUGUAAACUAUAAAGAAAUUUACUUCAACCAUCAAAACCUGGAAGUUUUGUCCAAUUUGCGAGAAGCUUUAAGGCGUGAUGAAUCACGAAAUAAUCAGAAGCGCAAUUUGCAAGGGUUUGCGAUGUCAGCAGGAACAGCGAUAACAGCUCCUGAAUUUUUCAAAGGGUUAGAGGAUCGUUCCGAUAAAAUACACGACUUGUACGCGAAAGUAAGCUAUCCAAUGAUAAAGGCUUUAAUGUACGAUCUGAACUUCAGCUUAAACCUAAUCCAGGUUGAUAAAAUUGGAUGGAAAACGAAUGGCACCUUUAGUGGGAUCAUGGGAAAAUUUCAACAAAACUCCAUAGAAUUAGGUUGUUUGGCAACGUUUAUGCGCACUGAUCGCAUGGAAGUUGUUGAUUAUACUAUAGUUACCAUGGUCAUUGAAAACAAAAUUAUAUUUAGACAGCCGUCUCUAUCAGUGGUUUCCAAUAUUUUUAAAUUACCAUUCAGCGUCGGAGUUUGGUUGAGCUGUUUUGGAUUUGUUAUUAUUUACUGGGUUGCGUUGAUGUUCCUCAGAAUUGUUUCAAAAACGGAAAAAUUUCAUCCAUUGGAUUCAUUGACUUUUAUGAUUGGAUUGAUGUGCCAGCAAAAUUAUGACUUAUUGGCUCACUUCAACGCGACCAAAUUAUUGUUCUUUUUUGCGAAGCUAGCAAGCUUUUUCAUUUUCACCUCCUACUCGGCAAGUAUAGUCGCACUUCUGCAGAGUCCAAGCAAAGCAAUUAACUCGGUUACAGAUUUGGUUAGGUCGCCACUGAAAGCCGGUGCUAUGGACACGGUGUAUGGAUGGGUUUAUUAUAACGAAAGCAAGGAUCCUGCAGUACGAGCACUUUAUCUAAGUAAAAUGAAACCUCAAGGCAAAAGAGCUUUCACCGAAGCCGAUGUUGGAAUGAAGCGAGUUAAAGACGAACUUUAUGCUUUUCAGGUUGAGGUGAAUGCAGCGUAUCAGCUGAUAAAGGAAACCUAUACCGAUCAGGAAACGUGUAAACUUCAUGAGUUGGAGUCCGUCAAAAUUCCUCCCUUCAGCAUACCAGUUGUUAAAGGUAGCAAAUACCGAGAGUUGAUUCGUCAACGACUGAUCCGACAGCGAGAAGUUGGCCUCAUUAAACGAUCCAAUCUGAUUUGGAUCACCCAAAAACCCAGGUGUGAAAACAGUUUGGCAGCAUUUUCGUCGGUGGGUCUUGAUGAAUUGCGUUAUGCGUAUAUCUUGAUGGUUGUUGGUUUCGGGAUGGCAUUCGCUAUACUCGCUGGAGAGUUGUUAUACAGUUGGAAUUGGUACAAGACAGCCAGGGUCGAUGAUACAAAAGAAACGAAAGGAAUAAUCGAUACGAGUUUACAAUUUGAAUUUAUAAACUAAAAAUGCAAUUAUGCUGAGAUAUAGUACCUAAAUUAAAUGAUGAUAGUGAAGACAUAAAAUAUUAUUUACAAAGUGUUUCAUCGGUAUAGUGUAGCUUCAUACUGAAACGAAAAUGGUCGCCAGUGUAAUAAAAGUAAAGUUUUUAUAUUAUUAAGAUAUUCAGUUUUUCCGAACAAGUUAUAUGUCACAUACUUUUUAAGAGUACACAGA